UUUUUUUUGGCGCUUUCAUAGUCUACAAGUUACGACCGGUCUACCUCUCCAACCCAGCGUUAAUCACGAGAAAUGGCCUCUUUAUGGCGGCUAUCUAGGGGAAUCUCGCGGCCAAUUUCAAGCUUGCCUUUACGCCCACGACUCGCCUUUCAAAUUGCCAUCGAACCUAUCACUGUCAACCAAUGCCAACGUCGGACGUUUUUAUCACGGCGGCAAACCUCAUUUUGGGCACCAUCUUACCCAGAUGACCGCACGGUGGAGGUUGAGAAGGACUCUGGUCCACCUCCGUUACAGGUACCAUAUACGCCACCGCCGCCGCUCGGAGAAGAAACUUCAUCUGGACCCCGAGAUGAUGCAGCUUCACCAGGCCCACGAGACAAGAAGCAAAAAUACCUGAGGAGCUUGAUGUAUAAGGCUGGGGAGCUGAGCCUUCAUUGCUCAAUUAUGGAUAGCGAGGGAAAUUGGGGUACCGAGGAACAAAAGUAUUCCAAGCUUGAAUUGUGUCGGGAGCAUGAGCUCGAUCCUCGGGAUCUGAGGAAGCUUGACUCCCUCACACCAAAUCUAGUACCAGUCAUUCUGACUAGAAAAACUUGUAUCCUGAUAUCAAUGCUCCAUCUGAGGGCAUUGAUCAAGCCCGACAAGGUGAUUGUCUUUGACUCGGCCGGCGCACAGGCCAGUGGGGUGCAAAAGAGAUUCAAAGAGCAUCUGCAAAGGAAUAUCAAACUGGGGCUAGAAAUGAAAGAAAGCGGGGAAGAAGAGGUGAUCUUGAGUUAUGAACAUCGUGCUCUGGAGUCAUUCUUCAUCGCCACUGCGAGCGCCCUAGAGGAAGAAAUGGCCUUCACUCGUCAUAUUGUCAAACAUCUGCUCAACGAUCUGGAAAACCACAUUGACAGAGAAAACCUCAAAAAGCUCCUGCAUUAUUCGAAAAAGAUAUCCGCCUUUCAAAGCAGAGCGCGAUAUGUGAAGAGCUCGGUGGACGAGCUUUUGGACUCUGGCAAGUUCACGUCGGCAGCGAUUGAGAUACCUAUGCUGAUGUGCCAUGUAGACGAGGAUCUGUCAGCGAUGUACCUCACCUCGCGGGCGCAAGGACGUCCUCGGGCCCUACACGAUCACGAGCAACUAGAGCUGUUACUUGAAAGUUUCGUCAAGCAGGUGGAGGAAAUUGUUAGUGAAGUUGACACCACUGUUGCCAAUAUGGUGUCUACACAAGAAAUCGCCGAGCUCAUGCUCGAUUCUGGUCGAAACGCACUACUCGCACUCGACAUCAAAAUAUCGAUCGCCACCCUUGGUAUCGGUACUGGCGCUCUUUUUGCUGGUCUAUUCGGGAUGAACUUGACAACUCAUCUUGAAGAUAACCCAUAUGCCUUCCUCACAGCCUCCGGCCUCGCUUUCGCCCUGUCCAUUCUCAUCAUUGCAUAUGGCCUUCGCAUCCUCCGGCGUGUGCGUCGCGUCGCUCUUUCAGGCAAAAAUCCCACUGUCCUCUCCUCUGUCCUCGGUAGCGCCUCAUGGGACUCUAGUAUCGCACAGUUCUCACAAGGGUUCGACCCCUCGUUGGUGGAUAUGCGGACAGAACUAGCGAAGCGUGCGAUUUGGGACAGAAUUUGGUGGCGGAGAGGGAAUGAGCCGAAGGACAAGUAUACACAGAUAUACAGGAGUCGAGCGGGACCUAGGCAACAAGGGUCGGCAAAGUGGGCGGAAAGUCUGACGAUGGACCAGGCAAAGCAGAAGCAGGAGCACAAAUGGGCGAAUUGGCGCAAGGCGUCCAGGACGGAGUGA